AUGGAUAUGUUUGUCUUGAGGCCUGGUGCUGCUACAAAUUCAGAGCAAUUAUAUAUCACAAAUGGUGAAGAAAAACCUGAUGAUACUAAGAAUGCGGUUGAGGAAAAUCAUGUCGAGAAAAAUAAUGCUGCGGAAAAUGAUGCCGAUCAGCACACGGAAAAUUUUAGUGACCAUGAGAAUCUUGGAAAUGCAGAUGAGCAGGGUUCUUCUUUUGAUAUAUAUGAUCCUAGAACUUGGAAUAUUCUUGACAAUAAAUCAAGAGAUAUUCUCAUUGAAAAAGGACCUAUAAGGGAAUACAAUCUUGUGUUUCCCGAAGAUGAAAUUAGUGGCAGGCAUUUUUCAUAUGAUUACUACACAAGAAACAAAAGUCUGCUAGCAUCCGAGGGAUUGAAGGAUUGGAGACAUCUUAGUGAGAAGCUCAAAUUGCAUGAGAAUAGUGUUGAGCAUGUCACUAACAUGAAUACUUGGAAUGAGGUAAGGCUGAGGCUAAGUAAGAAGGAAACAAUUGAUAAAGACAUGCAACAAGAGAUUGCAAGGGAGAAGGAAUCGAAUGAGAAAUUAUAUCAAGAUAACAACGGAAUUUUUUUGGGAGUAAUUGAAAUGAUGGCAGAAUUUGAUCCUGUAAUGCAAGAGCAUCUUCGGCGCAUUAAGAAUAGUGAAAUCCAUCAUCAUUAUCUUGGCCAUAAUAUUCAGAAUGAGUUAAUUUCCCUUCUUGAUUCACUUAAAUAUGUUGGUUUGGAUGUUAAAGAUGUUCGUGGACAAGGGUAUGACAAUGGUUCGAACAUGAAGGAAAAACACCAAGGGGUACAGAGCAGACUACUUGAAACUAAUCCAAGAGCAUUAUUCAUGCCAUGCGCUUGUCAUAGCCUGAACCUUACUCUUAGUGAUAUGUUGCAAUCUAAGUUUGUGUGCAUUGAUGUUACUCUUAAACAGAUUGAAGAUGCCAUCUCAUAUUUUAAGAAGUACAGAAAUGACGGCUUUGCAACUAAUGUCGAUCUAGAUGAUUUCGUUUCUGAACUAAAAGUACUGCAGAUGACAUUGCCAAACACAUUCAUGUCAGCGGAUCAGAUAUUUGAGUUUGUUAGAGAUGCGGAUUGGUAUCUAAAUGUCUCAAUUGCUUAUCGUAUCCUUUUGAUCGUACAUGUGACUGUUGCAUCAGCUGAAAGGAGUUUCUCAAAAUUGAAACUAUUGAAAAAUUAUUUGAGGUCAACGAUGUCUCAAGAAAGAUUGAAUGGAUUGGCCAUGUGCUGCAUUGAGAAGAAUAUGCUGGAUAGUAUUGAUCUUGACACUCUCAUUGAUGAUUUUGCGUCAAAAAAUGCACGAAAGUCUCGUUUCACAUGA